AUGGGAGUCUUCUACUCUGCGGGUCAAGAUCCCAUCUUCUUCGCUCACCAUGCCAACGUGGACCGCAUGUGGUACUUGUGGAAGAACAACUUUGGGGGACAGGACUUAGAAGACACUGAUAUUCCAUGGAUUGACCCCACCUACAAGCCCACCCCUCGCUUUCCAGCCAACAAGACAGAACCGCAGGUUUCCUUUGCUGAGCUUUCCACCAAGUUCCCAGCCACUUUGGACUCCACCAUCAGUGUUGAAGUGGCCAGGCCGGAGGAGGUCAGAAACCGGAGCGACGUGGAGAAGGCGAAACAAGAGGAGGUGCUGGUGAUCCGUGGGAUUGAGUUCCCGGCGAAUGUGCCCGUCAAGUUUGAUGUGUAUGUGAAUGAUGAUGCGGGCUCGCCCAGCGGGCCGGACAAGUCCGAGUUUGUCGGUAGCUUUGUGCACGUGCGACACAGGCACGACCAUAUUAUAAAGACCAAGCUGACGUUUGGGAUCACGCAGUUGUUGGAGGACUUGGGAGCCGCAAAGGACGGCAGUGUGGUGGUGACCUUGGUGCCAAGGAACGGGGAAGGAAAAAUAACCAUUGGUGGAUUCUCCAUCGAGCUUUCUCCUUGCGUCUGA